UUGAGGGCGUUCUAUCAGUUUCAUUUGAUCCAUCGGACGAAUAGCUAGGAUACUGGAUUGUUUGGAGUCCUGUGCAUGAAGUUGUAGUUUUUUUUUGCAUGGCCAAAAUUGGUUUUAAGUUGUGCUAAUUGUAUUUCUUAGCAAGUGAAAUACGCAGUUUUUUGUGAUUAUGUCCGUUCUAGGAUUGUGGACGUUGGCGUCCGCAUUGGGAUGCUGUAUUGGAUUUACCAUAGUCCAAAGACCAGCAGAAUACUAUGAUUACCGAAGAAAUCCCCAGGACUACCCAUGGCAACCCUCGGGGUACCAAUGGCAAUCAUUGGAAUACCAAUGGGAACCGAUAGAAUACCAAGGGCAACCCUCUGAUUAUCAACCCUAUGACUAUCAACCCUAUGAGUAUCAACCCUAUGACUAUAAACCCUAUGAUUAUCAGCCCAGUUACUCCAACUACUACUACUACCCAUCCUACGAGCUUUCGGUGCCGUACAGUCACGACACCACGAAAUCCAAACUACCUUACGGUGAAGCCCAACAGCUGCUCCAAGUCUACCGAGUCAUCCGAGUGAUUGUCGUGUUCCGAGAUCCAGUUCACAAACCAGUAACCUCACUGGAUCGACUGGUCCAUGAACUAACGGAUGAAGCGCUGCAGCAAAAGCUCGUCGAGCUCCUUCACAACGUGCAUGGGUACAAGGAAGUGGCAGAACUAAAAAACGACCCAGCGGUAAAGUUGAAGAACUCGUUUGUCAACGACUAUCGGCGCUUGCUUUUGGCCAUCCAGCGGGCAUUGAAUGCGCUUGAUUUGAAGGCCGAAUUUGACGACGAUCUCUGCGAGAAACUGCGGAAGCUUAGAGAUCAAGCAAAUGCAUUGACGGUGGAACAAAUCGAGGCGGAAUUGACACGAGGUUUGAAGGGUCAUGCUAAGGAAGCAUUGGUUUCGGAUGUUCUGGAAAAUCUACUGGGUGAAGUGGAAACUAAGGAUCUGGAGGUGUUCCAUGAGAACUAUGAUGUAGUGGUGGAAGGUGAGGACGACGAUGAACCAUUGGAUCUGGAUAAGGUGGAAAAGUACCUGGUCGUGAUUGAUGAACCCGAGGAGAAGCAAAAGCAGCAGGAGCCGAAGGAUCGCCACGAGAUUGAUGACGAGGAUCUUGAGGAUUUAGCCGCAGCUUUAGAACUGUAUUUAGAGGAGCAAAAGAUCGCGGAAUCCAAUCUGGUCAAGGAAAAGAGUACAAUUGGGCACGAUAAGACAGUAGAACCGGAUACAACUACCCUUAGCACUACAACGGUUUACACUACUACUCACGCUCCACUGAUCCCAAUCCCAGCGGAAGCAACCAAAGACACUUGGUUGGGUUCACUGUUUGGUAACGGUAAUCUCCUAGCCGGACACUACGGUAGCCCAAAUCAAGUUCCAGAAUCGCAGAAGCUACCGUACCCAAUCGACGUGAGUCAACCGGCUGUCCUAGUUGAACCGGAAGAACUGGAAACUAACAAACUGGACAGCCAGAACGUUUGGGUUCAUGUGGAAAAUCCGGACAACGAACCGCUGGACUUUGAUAUUGAUCAGCGAUUCCAGAGCCUGUCUACGACUGCAGCAAGCGCCGACAAGACGAAUGCAGCUACCCACUCCGUUCCGCUGUGGUUGAUCGAGAACUCCAAGAACCAGAAGGUUGAAAACAAACAGAUGGAACUCAAGGACAUCGUUGAGGGUCAAAAUGCACAUCGAGAUGAAUUGCAAAAGCAGCUUCCUGAUGAUGAGGAUGAGCAGGAGUUUGACCAUAGGGAAAUUGAAUUCGAGGAUACAAUUGAAGGCCGCACUGAGGGGGACGAUGAAUUGUUUCUAGAGCUUCCGGAAAACAGACAAAUUGAAGCUGAGGAUAUCACUGAUAAAGCAUCCACAGGAGAGGCUCGAGAGAUUCCGGUUGACGAGGAAAAACUCCAGACAGUCGAAGAAGAAGGACCCGCCCGAUUCAACCUCCCGGUCGACUUAUCUGAUCACCAGAAACUCAACGCUAUUCCAGAACCGGUUCCGAUCGUUGAACAGCAAGAACUCCAACGACUGGAUGUGACCACGGAAUCUUCUGCUACUCCAGUAGCGAUAGUUGACCAAAUCACAACGCUCAACAAUAACGAAGUGCACACGGAAAGUGCUCCGGUUGAAUCCAGGGAAGAGCCGACCUCCGUAACUCAGACAGGACACACCCUGGUUGACUUAUCUGGUCACCAGCAACUUAGCUCCACACCAGAUCUGGCUCCGAUCGAUGAACAGCAAAAGCUCCAGCGACUGGAUGUGACUACGGAAUCUUCUGGUACUCCAGUACCGGCAGUUGACCAGCUCACGACGCUCAACAUUUACGAAGUGCACACGGAAAGUGCUCCGGCAGAAUCCAGGGAAGAGCCAACCCCCGUAACUCAGAGUGAAAACGCCCGAUUCAACCUCCCGGUCGAGUUAUCCGGUCACCAGCUACUCAAAUCUACUCCAGAAUCAGUUCCGAUCGUUGAACAGCAGGAACUCCAACGACUGGAUGUGACUACGGAAGCUGCUGCUGCUCCAGUAGCGACAGUUGACCAGCUCACAACGCUCAACGUUUACGAAGUGCACACGGAAAGUGCUCCGGUCGAAUCCAGGGAAGAGCCAACCCCCGUAACUCAGACAGCUACGUCGGAACCUGAUGCUCGACGCUUCGUCAGGGAAGAGGUCUUGAAAGUCCUGAAUCUGCUGGAAGAAUCCAAUGGGUUCACGGAACUGAAGGAGCGCAUUACCGAGCAAGAUUUGAAUAAGCUAGUUGAUGAGUUAAGCCGCAUGCAAGUGGGCAUCAGGUGGACUGAGAUGAUUAGUGCCCUGCAGAAGUUAGUCGCGAUCAAAAAUCUGGACAAUGGAGACCGGGUAGUGGAAAUUCUAGAACAUUGGAAGGAAGGUGAAGAGGGACAUUUGGAUGAUGGGUACUUUGACAGGACUUAUGGGAAGAAUGAGCCGGCGGAGAAUCGUCAGAUUCAAGAGGAAAUUGACGAAGGAGGUAUGGAAUUGGGUCAAUGGCAAGCGGCGACGAUUGAAUCCAGAGAUCUGGAAGAAGAUGAUACAAAGCGAGUUCUGUUCAUCGAUGAUAAAGACAAUUACUUCGAUGGGGCAUACGAGCUGAACAACAAAACCGUUAAUCAAUCUGCUCCCUUGAAUGGAUCGGAAACUCACAACGCAACUCAUGCUCAGCUCCAGAAUGCAACAGCGAUUGAAGCUGGGAACUUCAUAGCAGAAACCCCCGUUGAAAGUAGAAAUCCUCGGAUUGUCAACGCAGAUGACAACCAGAAUGAACUCAAGCAUUCAACUCAAGACCCACCUGUUAUCGACCAAACAUCAGUUCCACACACCCUACAAGCGGAGGAGGUCACCGACAAACUGGAAGUGACAACUCCUCAGCCAUUUCCCGCCAAUGAAGCGUAACCUAUGGCGCUGGAUUGAACUAGCACUGACGAAAGCGCUGACGGGGGUGGAACCGUCGAGCAAUCAGAAUCUUAGCAUCGCAGCCUAGAGCAAUUCCCUUGUACAGAAAUUAACCAAUUUGUAAAUAAAGACGACUCCGAUUAGGUUUUA